AUGAGCAGUCGAGAAGCGCAAGCGCCUGGUGGUGGGAUUGACGAGAAACAGCCGCCACAAGCUCAACCUCCUCCACGCCCGCAGGAAGACGAGGACGAGGAAGAAUGGAGCGGUGCAUUUGAUCCCUUUGCUGAUCCAGAGGAGCGAAGGGUGCUGUUCGCGUCUUUGGAUUCGUUCAGACAAUACCGCCGCUCUGCACAUCGAAAUGUCACCCAUCGACGGCGUCAAUCCUUUUACGCCCUGCCCUCGCUGCACUGGCAAACACUCGCUGCCCCGCCAUUCAGCGUGCUCGAGACGUUCGACAAGGUCGACGCUGCUAUCGAUGCCAACGCCGAAGUGGCAGAAGCAAUCCUCGAUUCAGCUCUAGAUGCCUUUCAGCUUCCUCGAAACCCACUGGCCCAGGCCCAGGUACAGGCGAAGGCGUUGGUACGAGCAAGAGACGUCAAUUGGCAUGACACCGCCACAUCAUCAGACGUGAGUAAAGCCAACUCGGCCAUCCGCCAGCUCUACCGCGACUGGAGUGCUGCAGGUGCAGAGGAGAGAGAGACAUGCUACGGCCCUGUCAUGCGGGAUCUUCAGGCUGAAUUUGGUGAGCAGCCCGCGCCAGGUACCAGGUUACUUAUACCCGGUGCCGGGCUGGGACGGCUGGUCUUCGAUACUGCAAUGGCAGGCUUCGAGGCGGAAGGGAACGAGAUCUCGUACCAUCAGCUGGUGACCAGCAGCUGGGUGCUGAACCGGACCCAACGCAAGGAAGAGUGUGCGGUAUAUCCGUUUGUGCUGCAUUUCUCGAACCUGCGGACACGCGAGCAGCAGUUCAAGAAAGUGCUGAUCCCGGAUGUGCACCCUGGCUCUGCCGUGAAGGGUUACGAGAAUGACAAGAAGGAGAUGACGAAGAUGAGGGGAUCGAUGAGCAUGACUGCCGCGGAUUUCCUGCUGCUGUACAAUGAAGAUGCGAACAGGGACGCCUUCCACGCCGUGGCGACGGUGUUCUUCAUCGACACUGCACCGAACCUGAUACGGUACAUCCAGACGGUGCACCACUGUCUACGGCCGGGGGGGAUAUGGACCAACGUCGGUCCACUGCUGUGGCAUUUCGAAGACCGGCCUGCCCCGUCGGCUGCUGGUAGAGGUGUGGACGCAGCCGCCUCCGCACAUGCACCGGGCGACGACGACCUGGAGAAGGAGUAUGAGCACAGCCAUAGCCAUGGACACGGACACGGUCAUGGACACGGACAAGGCGGGCAGGGCGAAGGGAUCGGUGACCCAGGAGUGGUCGAGCUGUCACAGGAUGAAGUCCUAGCCCUGAUCGAGACGAUGGGCUUUACGGUUGAGAAGACUGAGGCUGAUAUAGGCGGCUGUGGCUAUAUACAGGACCCGGACAGCAUGCUCCUGAACAUGUACAGACCAGUGCACUGGAAUAAAAGGAAAAGCGGUGAGAAACAGCGAAAUACCAAUACGGCGAUAUCAUCAACGACUUCGACUUCAGCUUCAACUCUUCCUCUUCUGGCACUUUUCCUCCUCUCGCGCUCCUCCGCCAUCUGCCCGCCCUCCGCCCUCGCAGUCGCUCUCCGUUCGAUUAACGUGCUGAUACAGCGAGGCGGCGCAGUCGAGCCCAUCACCACCACCACCACCGCUGGCCGAACCCCACCUCCUGCAGCGCAGCCUCGUUGCUCCCUCAGCCCCAAGGACAGGACGCUUGCUCCGGCCUGCUCUCUCUCUCACUCUCGUCCCUCUGCCAGCUCGCUUCUCUGUCGACCCUCGCCAGAUAGACAGCCCGAAGACCCCAGCCUGCCCGUUGCACCGUCGCCUGGUCUUUUUUUAGCACUGCCUUGCCCUGUACCCCCCGUAUCCUCCCCUCCCUCCUUCGGUUUUGGCACAAAGCGCAAGAGCGGCUCCUCUCUCGCUCCCACAACAACCUCCACCAACACACCCAACGGGUCGCCCUCCCAGCCGUCGCCGCCCCCAGGCACCUCGUCCGCCCAAAACCCCAACGCCUCCUCCGCCAGUCUCCCCAUGAACCCGCAAAAUCAUCUCGGCCGUCCGCCCAGCUACACCUACGCGCCCGGUGCCGGCAGGCCCGCCAGCCCGCUCCCGCCAGGCCAGCACCACCCGCACGGCCAGCAGCUCGCCCAUCACCCGCCGCCACUCAACACCGGCGUGGGCGUGCCCUAUCCCACCGGCGGCAUGACCUCCGCCCCUCCUCCGCCGGGAUACGGUGGCUACCCGCCCCAGUCGACCGGCGGACAGCAGGGCCACGGCAUCCCGCAGCCUCUCGCGCCGUUUCGAGGCCAUACGGGGGAGCUGGACAACCAGGCGCGGAGCAAGGCCCAGCUGAUCGUGGGUAUCGAUUUCGGUACCACCUUCUCGGGCGUUGCCUAUGCCUUUGCGACCAACACCGAGGCGCGCGAGGACAUCAUCACCGAGUGGCCUGGUGCUGGCACGCAUACCAAGCAGAAGAUACCCACGGUGCUCUACUAUGACCAGUAUCAGAAAGUCGUUGGAUGGGGUCCUGAUAUUGCAGACGCCCUCGCUCCCACCGGAUAUCCAAAAGCUGGCGUGCAAAAGGUAGAAUGGUUCAAGCUACAGCUCAUGUCCUCAGGCGGAAACACAUACAUCGACCCCAUAAAUCUCCCACCGCUGCCGCCGGGCAAGUCGGAAAUCGAUGUUGCGGCCGACUACCUCUUCCAUCUACGAGGCGCCAUGCGCAACCAGCUCCAAAAGACCCUGGGCGAGGUCUUCAACCGUGAAGAGCGCAACAUUCGUUACUUCCUGACCGUCCCCGCCAUCUGGAACGAUGCUGGCAAAGCCGCAACCCGUGCUGCAGCCAUCCAAGCCGGCUUCCUACGCGACGAGAACGAUAACCGCCUUACCCUGAUCACCGAGCCCGAGGCAGCUGCCAUGUUCUGUGCAAAGACCGGCCUCCUCAACCUCAAGAUUCAUGACGCCAUCCUCAUCGUUGACUGCGGUGGUGGUACCGUUGAUCUUAUCGCCUACGAGGUGGACGAAGAGACCCCCUUCAGCGUCUGCGAAUGUACCGCCGGUUCGGGUGACAGCUGCGGUUCUACCGCCCUCAACCGUAACUUCAGCAACAUUCUACGUGCAAAGAUUAGGAAGAUGAAGCUGCCAGACGGUUCGCGUACGGCCGGUAAGGUGUAUGCUAAAUGUAUCAUGGAUUUCGAGAACAGAAUCAAGGCCGAUUUCAGGAACAACGGACAAAAGUGGGCUGUCGACGUGGGCAUCGAGGCCGAUUUCCCAGAGGCAGGCAUCGAGGAAGGUUAUAUGACGUUUACCAACGAGGAGAUCCUGCAAUGUUUCGAGCCCGUCGUUAAUCGAAUCUUGGAACUGGUCAGGAAUCAGAUCAUUGCCAUCCAGGCACAGAACAGGCCGUUGCAAAACGUCCUCGUGGUCGGUGGUUUCGGUGCAUCGGAAUACCUCUUCCAGCAGAUAAAACUUCAUGUUCCCCCACAAUAUCAGUCCAAGGUCGUUCGUCCCAUGGACUCCGUCGCCGCCAUCGUCAAGGGCGCCGUAACCGCCGGUAUAACUGAGCGAGUCGUCACCUCCCGUGUCGCCCGUAGACACUACCUGAUGGCCACCCUGCAGCCGUUCAAAGAAGGCCACCACCCGGAACAGUAUCGUGUGCCCUCCCUCGACGGCAAGGAUCGAUGCAAAUACACCCGCCAGAUAUUCGUGCAGAAGGGUGAGCGCAUCAAGAACGGCGAGCCUGUCAAGGUCAGCUUCUUCAGACAGGUGGCACCAGGUGCGACGCUGAUGUAUGAGGACAUCCUAUACGCUUGUGAUGAGGAUGUCUGUCCAGAAUAUACCAAGGAUCCACGAAUCAAGGAGGUCGUCACCCUGACGUCUGACCUGUCUCGUAAGAACCUCGAGAAGGACUUUGAGCGCAUGGACACUCCCCAGGGUACCUUCUACCGUGUCUACUUCGAUAUCUACCUGACCCUGGACGGAAGCGAGUUCAACGCCGAGCUCGUCUGCCAGGGCGAAGUUAUGGGACGUUGUUCGGCGAGAUUCCGAUAG